AUGAGUGAUAUCGAAGAUAAUACAAAAGAAUUGAAAGCAGAUGAAUGCUUACCAGAGGAGAAAAAGACAACCAAAAGGUUGUUGGAUGUAGAGGAUGAGGAUAAUGAUUCUGAUGUUACUCUCGAUGAUCCCGAUGCACCACCAUCAACAGCACAAACAACCACUCCAAUUCUAUCGUCUUCUUCCUCUUUGCUACCAACUGCUAACAACAACACUACUAGUAGCACAACAACAACAGCAGCCGGUCACAGUCAUGCUCAUACUCAUAACAAUAGUAGUAACUCACAUCAUCCAUUGGAACCACCACCACCAAAAAUCAGUACGCCAUCACCCAAGAGUUUCUCUACCUCACCGAUAUUCUCUGGUCAACAGGUUCAUCCGUCGACGUAUGCUCACCAUGAUGAAUCGAGUGACAGUGAACACACCUACUUUAAUGGCAGACGUAUCAUCUGUGAGAGUGGCAGUAGCGACAUCAGUGGCAGCGAAGACAACAGCUCGAUUUCACGGCCAAUGAAAAAAAAGAAAAAGUCGAUGCGUCGCGAAGGAAAGAUCUACGAUCUGUUGGAGCAGCGUUUGGGUUCGGAAGCGUUGCGCUCCACCAUAUCCAACCCAAACUUUACCUUUGAUUGGCCAUACGAGUUGGUUCUGGUUCGUCACGGUCAGAGCGAGGGUAACGAAGCGCAGUCGCGUUCCAAGCGUGGUGACCUCUCUGCCUACACACCAGAGUUCAAAAAGAAACACUCUUCCACCUAUCGUCUCACCGACAAGGGUAUCCAACAGGCCAAGAUCGCCGGUAAGUGGGUAAGAGAGAACAUUGCACAGGUAUUCGAUCGUUACUACACCAGUGAGUACGUAAGAGCCAUGGAAACCGCAAGUCUUCUCGGUCUAGAGGAAUCGAAAUGGUUGACAGAGAUUCAAUUGCGUGAACGUGACAAAGGUAAAAUGGAUAACAUCUCUUGGACUGAAAAGAAUGAAAAGUUUGGUCAUGAAAUGGAAUUAAGAAAAAGAGAUAGUUUCUUUUGGGCACCACCAGGAGGUGAAAGUAUUGCAAAUAUAUGUACAAGAGUAGAACAUACAUUUACAACACUGAGACGUGAAUGUGCAAAUAAAAGGGUGGUUAUAGUUUGUCAUGGUGAGAUUAUGUGGGCAUUUAGAGUAAGACUGGAGAGACUUAGUCAAAUUAGAUUCCAUCAAUUGCAAUCAUCGAAGGAUCCAAGGGAUCAGAUUCACAAUACAUCGAUUCUAUGGUAUACAAGAGUGCAUCCAAAGACCGGUGAGAUCUUCCCGUACUUUAAAUUCCUGAGAUCGGUUUGUCCUUGGAGACCUGAGUACUCUGCACCCGGCUGGUUAGAGUUUGACCGUCCAGUCUAUACCAACGAAGAGUUGAUGGAGAGUGUUCGAACCGUUCCUAGAUAUGUCAACAAUUUCGACAAAGAUGACGGUCCAAACUCACAUCCAGAACCACCAAAGGCAUAA